AUGACCGAGAAUCCCGAGCCCGAAGAGCUGGUGCCGGUGGACGAUCUGACGCCGGAGGAGGCAAAUCGCAUCAUUCACUCACAUCGCAAGGUUCGCUAUGGGACCGCCUGCUGGCCGUGUCGUCAGCGCAAGGUCAAGUGUGACAACAAGCAGCCCUGCGAGAACUGCGUCAAGAGAGAGCACCCUCAGCUAUGCUCGUACAAGCCCAAUCGCUCAUCCACAAACAAGUCCUCAUCCACCCUCUCACAAAACAGUGUUCCUCGUAAAAGGACUGCCUCCUUUUCCGACGCCAGGGGCGAUGAGGGCCGAAAAAGCGAACGACAGGAGAGUUGGCCCCGCGCCAUCGGCGUAUCAGCCAAUCUUGACGACACCGAGUCCGUGGGAGACCGCUAUCUUGGCCAGAACAGCAUUCCGGCUUUACUCCGAGAGCAGUCCUCACCCAUCGACAAGAGCGACAACGUUGACAUUCGGCGCGACAUGCGGUCCAUCCUGGGGCUCGACACGUCCGCCCCGUUCCCUCUGAUGUCUUCGCAUCACCUCCACAAGCUAGCGCAAGACAUCUCUGCGGAAUUGCCUUCUGACCGAGAGGUCAUAAAGCUAUUCCGUACCUACAAGGAGAUUCCGCAGCCGUUUUGGGGAUUUGUGUACGACAUGGAUGAUCUCGAGUCCAAGUUGAUGAUCUAUCUUGAGGAGAGGUCACGGAAUGCCUCAACCACGAGCAAGUCGUCAAGGCCGGUGACGGCGUCGUGGCUGGCCAUUCUGUUUGCCGUUCUGGCGGUGGGCUCACAGUAUCAUGAGAGCCCGUAUCACAUUCGGACCCGGGACUCUCAGAAGUACAUACAGAUAUCGUUCCACUUCUUGCGGCUCGGCAACUUUUUGCUCCGACCUUCAUUCGACUCUAUCCAGGCCCUUCUGUUGACGAGCUUCGUCCUUCUCAAUGACAUGAAGGCCGAGGCUUCGUGGGCGUUGACUGGGCUUACAUGCCGCCUUGCGCAGUCCCUCGGCCUGCAUCGGCCCACUUCUUACGACGGCCGCGAAAAUGCGCCUCCGGACGCAAAGAUCAAGGAAGCCAUACGUCGCAAGUUGUGGUGGACCUGCGUCUGGCAUGACACCUUAACGUCUCUGUCUUUUGAUAGGGCACCCAUGACCAACUUCCGAAGCUGCGCCAUUCCCGAGAGCCCCGACUCGGCCAACGGAAACUACACGUACCUGGAGAUGAUGUACCACCUCAUUGAGAUUAUCUCCCGCCGCUUGAAUCCGGACGCCACUGUGACGCCUUCGUACGACCAGAUUGUUGAGAAGUGCGAGGCAGUCGAAACCCUACGCACUCGGGCACGCCCGCAUAUGCGGGACAAGGAGCAAUGCAAGACGGCUCUAGAUCGCCUCCAAUACUUCGCCAUACGCCUGCAUACCUCUUUCGUCAUCUCAGUGGCUUGUCGGCCGGCGCUAAAAAGAGAGUGCGAGAUCGAUUCGAAGCAAAAGAAGGAGCUCGCCGACCGAUGCAAGGAGAACCUGACAGAGACGGUGCGAAUGUUCCUGUCGAUGCACCAGCUUUCGGUGAUCCCAACGCGGAGCUGGGCUUUUACGUAUCACGGGCUUUCAUCGGCGCUUUUACUUGGUAUUCUGUGCGACACCAAAACCGAUCCGGAGGUCCGUCAACUGCAAGGAGACCUGAUUGCAGCCUUGUCGGCCACGGCGGCAAAGGAGGCGAGUUCUCCUGAGCCUCAUGUUCCCGUGUCUGACAAGGACAUUGAGCUUUCUGGUCCAUUGUGGAGGGCUCUUACAGCCCUCAAGAAUAUUUACGACCAUGGGUCCGUCAUUGGGACGCACCUAAAGCGAGAGGGCGAUUCGUCGGCCGGCGGAAGCCGGAGCCGGACCCCGAUGUUGCCUUUGGGCAACCAGCUUUCGGCGACGUCGAGCGCGCAAUUCCGCAGUCAGUCAGGUGAUCCCCGCGAGGAUGCUGCCCUGGCCAUGGCAGAGAUGCAAAAUGGGGCAUCGCUGCAAGAUUUCGCAGGAAUGCCCUUCAACAACUCAAUCCCAGCAACCAUGAGCAUGGAUGGCAGCAUACCCAAUCUCACCGUGGAUCAGACACAAUACAUGGCGCCGAUGGAUCUCUACGACUCCAUCUGGGGCGAAUCGCCGGAUCCCUGGAACUCAGGCGGGAUGGAUGCCAUGAGCUUUGAGUUUCUGGCACAACCACCCCCGGGACAGCCGCAACAGCAGUAUUACUUUUAA